AUGUUUUCCCUCCCAUCGAAUUUCGACUGGGGCACCGCAUCGUGGUGUUGUCGCGUCACCAGACUAAGCAAUGGCGACAAAAGGCGAGAUACAAAGGUGGGCCAGAAUGUGAACAUCAUUGAGAAAGAGCUAAACCAUUUGCUCUCCGCACUCACUUUUCAGAACAUGCUUCGCGUCGUUAAAACAUGGAUGGAUGAAUACGAUAAAUAUUAUUAUAUUCGAGAACCGUCGGCUAAACACCGCUCUCCCGGUGAUAUCUCUUCUCAACUUGAACUCAGGAAGAGGCUCAACUGCAAGUCAUUUAAAUGGUACAGGAAAAUUAGAAUCUUUAAUCUGAUUCUUACACGAAAGUUGCUGUAG